UUUAGAUCGACGUCCUGUACAGACAGGCAUGAAGAAGACAGCGUAAAGCGGGAUGAACGUCACGAGGAUUGAGAGGUCAAUGCUUUGAACUCUAUAGUCCCACCCACGUGGUCUGGAGUCUUCUAGAAGUGACAGAGUGACUAGCCGGUCUUUAGCGAUCUGCUUCUUGGUCCUUACAGCCCGAUCGUCCUUCAACCGACCUACACUAUGCUGACCGCAAGUAAAACAGCCGCCCGCCUGCUCUCCUGCGCUUCCCGCAGUAAUACCCGUAAUAUGCUGACAUGUGCUCGGCAGGUAGAUAUGGUCACGGGAACCUUUUAACCUUGUUUAUUCGGUGUGUUUAGUAUAGGUAGUUGCAUAUGUAUGUCUCUUAUUCUUUUAGAAUCUGAUUAUCUUGUUUGGUUUUUUUCCCUUGUAUUUCUCAUCUCUAUCUCCUUACAGCGGUAGUGUCGUGGCAGAAUCCAUUUUUUUUUUUUUUUUUUUUACCCAACUCAACUACAGCUAAUUGCUCCCCCCCAGUCACCCCCAAAUGCCCCUUAGACCUCAUAUUACCGUUUUUUGUUUUUUUUAAAAUCUAUUUAUUUUAUAUUUUAUUUAAAGGACCUCUAUGGUGCCAGGGAAACAAACUCGUUUUCCUGACACUAUAAUGUUAAUAGGUGCCCUCCCACCCUUAGGAUCCCCCUCCCUCUGGGCUGAAGGGGUUAAAAUCUUACCUUUCUAGCUGGGUACUCUCCUCCCCCUUCUGACGUCAUUGGCUGAAUGCGCAUGUGCGGCAAGAGCCGCGCACGCAUUCAAUCUGUCUAUAGGCAAGCAUUCUCAAUGCUUUCCUAUGGGCGCUGGCAUCUUCUCACUGUGAAAAUCACAUCUAGUGGCUGUCAAUGAGACAGCCACUAGAGGCUGGAUUAACACACAUGUAAUGUUUACAGCAGGCAGGGUUAAACCUAGAUGGACCUGGCACCCAGACCACUUCAUUAAUCCCUUAAGGACACAUGACAUGUGUGACAUGUCAUGAUUCCCUUUUUUUUCCUGAAGUUUGGUCCUAAAGGGGUUAAACUGAAGUGGUCUGGGUGCCUAUAGUGGUCCUUUAAUCUUAAUUUCGUGCCUGGUACUGGGUGCCGCCCCUUUUUUGUGUGGGCUGAUGAAGUCCCUGUGGGACACCUAAUCUGCCCUCACUAGAUAGCGCUGUGAAAUUCCCGCGCAUGCCCAGUUAAACACUUGGGUAUUUGCUAUUGUCCAAAAUUUGGAUGGGAAUGUUGUAUAUUAAUUCGUCAGACGAAGGAAUGAAUAGAAAUUUCAGAAAAACACAGAAUAUCUGUGUUUAUUUCAAGGAGGGAGCUACCAUCUCGCAGCUCCUUCCUUGUAAUAUGUAAAAAUAGAAGCGGCAGGGAGCUGUGGUCCCCGUCAAUUCAUAGCCCCCCGUGUCCUCCCUCACUCUAUGGAAUCUCUUGAAUGUCCCUACUUGCUAUGCUGUGACUAGGGACAUGUCUACUAAACAGUGAGCAGCCUUCAAGGUUGGGGGCAUCUAUUAACUAGCGAGGGGGAAAUGGUGCCCUAAAUGAAAAUGUGGUGGGACACCUAUUGCCCUGUCCCCACCCAUGAGCAGCAGGUGGGGGCCCUAAAUGACAAUAGGAGGGGGCCUAUUGUCCCCACCCAUGGGUGAUUUGGGGGGGGGGAGGAUAAAUGUAAAAAUACCCCCCCAGGAGUGACUGUGUCCCCAAGCCCCUAGUCACCCCACCCAAAAUAAAUUAAAGCCCUACCACCCUAAAAACACCUGUAAAUAAAUUUGAUGUCGUCUUUUAUUUCUAAAACUUUUUUUGGCCCCAAAAAAGCCAAAUAAAAAAAACAGAUUGGUUACCUGUAAGGUUCACAAUUUACCUGUCAGAGCACUGUUAUUGGUUGGCUUAAACCAACCAAUCAGAGUACUCUGAGUCAAAUUGCAGGGCAUGGGGAAAACUUUUUUUUUUUUUUGCUCGCUCUAAUUUUUUUUUUUUUUAAGUUCGGGUAUUAUGGAUUUUUGUUUGGUCUUUUUGGGGGCUGAAAAAAGACAUCAAAUGGUAAGUAUUUAUUUAUAUUUUUUUUAUUUAUUUACAUGUAUUUAGUAUUAUUGUCUCCCCCUCACUAUUUUUUUGGGUGAGGGGGGUAGGUAGGGCUUAAAUUUUUAUUUUAUUUUUUUUUGUUUUUGGGGUGGGUGGCAGGGGGUGGGGUUGACAAUAGGUGUGUGUGUGUCCUCCCCUCCCCGCCCCCCCCCCCAACCCCCUACAUUUUCAUUUAUAGACACCACCCGCCGCUCAUGGGUGGGGGGCCAAGGGGGACCCUAUGUCCCCUGUUUAGUUGCAUCGCAACUUUUUUUUUUUUUUACACACACAACAGCGAGCAGCUCACUGUUUAGUAGACAUGCCCCUACUCGAUAAAGUGAGUAGGGGCAGAAGGGAGAUUUUAAUCUCCCUUAAUUACUAAUACUAAGUAAUUUUUACUUAGUAUUAGUAAUAUUGACUGAAAGACCAAUUUAGGUCUUUCAGCCUUUUAGUAGAUAGCUCCCUAAUACCAUGGGAAUUAGGGAGCUAUUUACUUGCCGCAUGAAUAGGAUCAGAGUUUCAUUCAUUCGAAUGAAAUUCUGAUCUAAACAAAAGUCCCGAAUUUCGUCCUAACACGAUUCGUUAGUUUUGCAGGCAUUCGGGAAUACUGAAAGGAGUCAUUGCAAGAACACGUAGGAAAGGUGGGAUUUGUGGGAAACUGCACUUCCUCCUCUGGGUCAAAGCGUAGGAAAAAGAAAUACUACAAAGUAGUCCCUACUACGUCUUAUGUUUUAAAGAAAACUAGAGCAAGCAGGAAGAAAUGAAGAACAGAUCCUGAGAGAAGAGGGAAGCGAUUGGGGAAAGGUUAAUUUGGCAUGACAGUGCCCCUUUAAGACAUAAGAUAAAUGGGGAUUACAUUGUCAUAUGAUUUUCCUACACUUGAGAAUCUUGACCAAAAGUGGAGUGCCCUGCAAGCUCCACUAUCAUGACAAGGGAAGUGAAGCUUGCCUUAAUCUCCACCCAUUGUGAAGCGUAGGAAAAAUACAUGACAAAGAGCUAUAGAUCAGGAAAGAACGUACUCUGGGGAAACAAUAGGGGAAAGGUAUUUUUUAAGUGACAGGGCCGAUUUAGUUAACCCCAUAACUGUCUGACUAGUAUGCAGAUGAAGAAAUUCUGAAUAUCUGUUUCACACAUUAAAAUAAGGUAUCCUUUAACUGGUGUGGUAGUGUAAAUAUGUCUUCAAAAGACGUUUAAAGGGGAAUUUUGCAGUCAUUUCAAAUUUUAAACAUAUUGAAUUGUUGUAAUGUGGGUAUGUGUAUAUAAUCGUUUUGUGUUGCUUUAUAAUUCUUCGUUUAUUUGUAAAAUUGCUUUUUGUCAUUAAAUUUAGAAAAACUGUAAUUUAGAAUGAUUUAAUUUGGACAUAAUGUGUAACUUGUAUAAUUUUGUUUUGCAGGGGCAAUUUAAUGGUCUCAGUCAAGAUCUUCUUAGGUCAAUGAGUAAACGCGACUAUGCGUAAGUAAUUUGGUUUUUCAACUUGAUAUACCGUAUAUACUCGAGUAUAAGCCGACCCGAAUAUAAGCCGAGACCCCUAAUUUUACCACAAAAAAAUGGGAAAACUUAUUGACUUGAGUAUAAGCCUAGGGUGGGAAAUGCAGCAACUACUGGUAAAUUUCUAAAUAAAAUUACCGGUAGAUCCCAAUAAAAUUACAUUAAUUGAAUAUUUAUUUACAGUGUGUGUAUAGAAUGAAUGCAGAGUGUGUGUGUGUGUGUGUGUGUGUAUAAUGAAUGCAGAGUGUGUAUGUGUAUAAUGAAUGCAGAGUGUGUGUUUGUGUGUGUAUAUAAUGAAUGCAGAGUGCGUUUGUGUGUAUAUAUAAUGAAUGCAGUUUGUGUGUUGUGUGUGUAUAUAAUGAAUGCAAUGUGUAUAUAAUGCAGUGUGUGUAAACUGGGUGAGGGGAGGGCAUUUUUAUUUAAAUUUUUUAAUUUUAAUAUUAUUUUUUUAAUAUUAUAUUAUUUUAAUAAUAUUAUCUUAUUAUUAUAAUUUUAAUAUUAUAUUAUUUUAACAACAUUAUUUUAUUAUUAUAUUAUUAUUAUUAUUUCAAUAUUUGCAUAAUUUUUUUUUUAAAGUGUUUUUUUGUCCCCCCUCCCUGCUUGUUGCCUGGCCAGGGAGGGGGGACAAAAAAACAUUUAAAAAAAAAUAAUGCAAAUAUUAAAAUAAUAAUACAAUACUAAAAUAAUAUUAAAAGAAUAUAAUAUUAAAAUAAUAAUAUUAUUUUAUUAUUACAAUAUUAUUUUAAGAUUUGCAUUAUUUUUUUUAAAAUGUUUUUUGUCCCCCCUCCCUGGCCAGGCAACAAGCAGGGAGGGGGGACAGAAAACCAUUUAAAAAAAAUAAUGCAAAUAUUAAAAUAUUAAUAAUAUCAUAAAAUCAUAUUAUUAUUUUAAUAUUAUAUUAUUUUAAUAAUAUUAUUUUAUUAUUAUUAAAAUAAUACUGAAUCCCUGGUGGUCCAGUGGCAUUGGCUGUUCAGUGGGGGGGCUGACAGAGAGCUGUUACUUACCUUCAAGCAGCUUCUGUCAGCUCCCUUCUCCUCCGUGCAGCUCCUCUGUCAGGAGACCUGCGAGACUUACACUGUAAGCAGAACGAAGCUGACAGAGGAGCUGCACGGAGGAGAAAGGAGCUGACAGGAGCUGCAGGAAGGUAAGUAACAGCUCGCUGCCAGCCCCCAACAGGACCGCCGGGCUUGUAAUGAGCCCGACGGUCCUGGUCUGUAUUAUGUAAAUUGCCACAAUACAGACUGACUCGAGUAUAAGCCUAGUGGGGGUUUUUCAGCACAAAAAAUGUGCCGAAAAACUCGGCUUAUACUCGAGUAUAUAUGGUAAUUGAAUAAUCUUCACUUAUGUAUUUAAACCACAACUGUGGAGCUGGUAUACAGAACCUUCCUAGCGUUGGAAAUAGAAGUGUGUAUUCCUCAUCAUGCGCUCAACCAAUACAAUGCUUUCUCAUAGGAGUGUGCACGCGCCGCUAAAUGCUGCAUUAGAUGGUCUCCCUAAUACGAUCUGAAUGAAAUGGCAGUUUUAAUCUUUGUCCUUAGAAACACCUUUUGGUAACUGUCUAAGUGACAGCCAUUAGACCUGCUUUGAAAGCAUUGUAUAUGGCACCUAAAUAACUUCAUUAAAAAAUCUAUACAUUUUGCCAGUAGAAUUGCUAAUAGUGCUUCAGUUACAUCCCCCUUUUAAAACUAAAUAAUAAAAAAAAAAAAAAAAAAAAAGUAAACUUCCUUGUAAUUCAUUGCCAGGAAAGUCUACUCAGUGCAGCUGCUCCAUCUCCAGUUAAGUAAUUGAUUUUUGAUGACCUUUGCCCAAUCCAUUGCUUUUCAUAGAAAUUAAUUGGGAACGAAUGUGCAUGAAAGUGUAUGAAAUUUACCUAGGAAGCCCUUCUGCUUAUGCACGUAAAAUAACGCAUUACAGUAGUAAGCAGCAAUUUAUUUUCGCCAAAUCAUUAAAUCAUAGCAAAGUUGAUGUGACACUUUGGUUCACUUUUAGCUGGUGGAGUGGAAGCUGGGAAGGAUAUUUUUUUUUUUUUUUUUUCUCUGCUCAAAUAACUCAAACAGCAUUUGUGUUUCCCUAGGAUCCAGGGCCAAAGUUUAAGAGCCAUACCCUUUUUGUUCAGAAACAGACCAUUUAUUUACAGUUUCCACACUUACAGUAAUAUUUUUACACAAAAAAUUUAUGUGGAUAAUGUAUCAUAAACAUUACUAACCUAACAUCCACAAUGAAGCAUAGCCCUGCUUAACAUUCGUUCCUUCUUCAGACUAGUACUGAUCGCAAAUCCAGGACCUGUGUGAGUGUGUGUGUGUGUGUGUGUGUGUGUGUGUGUUUUUUUUUAUUUUAUUUUUUUUUAACCUGGCUGGGGAAUAUGAGGAUUCAUUUUAGAACCACAACAGCAGACUGUGCUUUGGUACAGUGUUGAUCUGCAGUACACUUUCAUUCUGGGACUCUUCACACUAUAAAUUUAUAUUUAAAUAUGUCUUCAUUACUCUUUAGCCACGUAUCAGUGUGUGGCAGGGAUAAAAUGACAUUGCAUGUCAGAAUCACCUUGCUGGGCAGUUGGCAUGCACUGACAAUCAUGGCAUUGUAGAAGCGUGAUUCUUAAUACAAUGCAGCAAACUUUGUGUCUGUAGGGUAUAAAGCUGGUCUCCAAGCCAAUGUGGCUUUCAGUCCUCAUGGCUUAUAUAUUCACUAAAGUGAGAAUUGCCAUUUAUUUAAAAAAUGUUAAUUUGAUAAAUUCUCCUUUUCAGUUCUGUAAAGUGUUUUUUUCUACUUGAAUUUCUGGCAAUGAUCAAUUCAGUGGAUAAUGAUGACCAUUCGUUUACCACUGCUCAACUAUUAAUCUGAUAUCUUUGAUAAAUCCAAAGUGCUAUGAAGGUGAUAUAAUUUGAUGUCUAUUUGAUAUAUAUUAAAUAUUUGAUUUAAUCUCCCAGGUCUGAAGCCAUUAAAGGAGCAGUUAUUGGUAUUGAUCUUGGAACAACAAACUCUUGUGUUGCUGUUAUGGAGGGAAAGCAAGCAAAGGUAAGAUACUGAAUUACUUUGAACUUUUGUAAAUAACCACUUCAAAGUGAAUUUCAACUUUAAGGCCAGAGUAGUCAACCUGAAAGCAUUGCUCACUUUGCGAAUUUCUCCAGUUCACUAUUUUGACUUUAAAUUCACUUUAGUGUAUAACCCUGUUUCGUAUUCUUGACAUUUUUUUUGUCUGAUGCAUUCUUUUCCGUAGAGGCAGUGUGUCAAUCUUGAGCUUUUUCCUAUUUACAUCUUCAUGGAUAAUGUAUUGUCAGAAAAUCCCUUUCAGUUGUGUUAAUGAUUAAAUGUUAACUCUUCAAAUGUAACUUAAGAAGCUUGUUCAUUGUGGUAUCCUUGUACUCUAUGAAAAGUAUUACAUGAGUUAAAGGGAUUCUCCAGUGCCAGGAAAACAUAAUAGUUUUCCUGGCACUGCAGGACCCUCUAUUGCCUCUCUCCCUCCCACCCCCCAUCCCAAGGGAUUAAAACACCUUCAGCCACUUACUGGAGUCCAGCGCUGAUGUCAGGCUCUGCCCAUGCUUCUCUCCUGCCCACGUCAGCCGGCGGGGGAGACCUAAUGCGCAUUAGACCUCCCCAUAGAAAAGCAUUAUACAAUGCUUUCCUAUGGAGAUUUCGGUGACGCUGGAGGUCCUCACAUAGCGUGAGGACCUCCAGCGUUGUUUUAAAACACAGCUGUCUAGAGGACAGCCACUAGAGGAGGCCUUAACCCUGCAAUGUAAAUAUUGCAGUUUAUAAAAACUGCAAUAAUUACACUUGCAGGGUUAAGGGUAGUGGGAGUUGGCACCCAGACCACUCCAAUGGGCAGAAGUGGUCUGGGUGUUUGGAGUAUCCUUUUAACCCCUUAAGGACACAUGACGUGUGACAUGUCAUGAUUCCCUUUUAUUCCAGAAGUUUGGUCCUUAAGGGGUUAAGAAUGUUGGUAAAAAGGUUCAUAAUGCUAAUUGUUAAUUUUCUGUGUCCCUUUUCCUUUAAUUUCCUAGGUUCUUGAAAACUCUGAAGGUGCUAGAACAACUCCAUCUGUUGUAGCUUUCUCAGCUGAUGGUGAGCGGUUAGUGGGGAUGCCAGCUAAACGCCAGGCAGUCACUAAUCCCAACAACACUUUCUAUGCAACAAAACGUCUUAUUGGCCGGAGAUUUGAUGAUUCUGAGGUUCAAAAAGACACGUGCGUGAAUAUCUAAACUAUUUUUAAAAUGUGUUGAACUAAUGGUGUGGUUUAAAUUGAAAUAAGGAUUUUUUUUUUAAAAAAAAGCUGUUUUUAGUAACCAUUAUGUCAAUGGCCGAACAAUAAUUAGAAAAUAAUCUAAUUAUUAAAAAUGGUAAGGUAAGUUUACCAUAUGCAGUCUCUUUUCACAAUUUUGUAAAGUACAUAAAAUAAUUAUUUACUUGAGUGUCAAUAGUAGGAAAAUUCAGAAAUUUUAAAAUUUUAGACUAUAAUAGCCAAACUAAAAAUUCACUUUGUAUUUUUGGUAUUUCAUUAGUGAAUAACCCAAUUUUUUUUUUAUUUUUAUUUUUUUUAAAUUCUUUAUUUUUUUCAGUGCAUAACAUUUUCAUAACGCCAUACAACAUGGUAACAUAUAGGCCAUUAGUCAAUAGGGUGCGGGACAUGCCUGGCUUAGAUGUGGUUUGCACUUUUUGAAGUGGCCUAGUCGUCAUAGGGAUCUAGUCAGCUCUAUGUGUUUGGGGUGGUCAAAUGGGCUCGUCAAAGGUGGGCGGGGGAGGCUUCUAGUGAUAUAGGUAAGUCGCGGGGAGGGUAACGCCUGAGAGGGUUGCCAUGGGUAGUAUAGGGCGUCCUGUGUUCAAGAGUGUGUGGGUUAGCUCUCUUGCCUUGUGGGGACUGUUUAGCCAUGUUGUGUAUUUACCAGAUAGGUCUCUGGUCUCAGCUAGGCGAGUGUGUCACCAGUGUGGUGAUGGUCUGUUCGGUACUGGCUAUGGAUGUGGGGAGUGAGAGUGUAGGUCCGCUUCGGGUAGUCUCUGUAGGGUAUCUGUCAGUUGGGGGUACUUUUAUAUUGUCGCGUGGUCGUUCACUUGCCAGCUUUACGCCAUCCCUCAAGGGCAUUGGAGGGAGAAGGGGUUUUGCACCCCAGAGCCAGUUUGUAUUACGCAGUCAGUGUAUUCUGAGGUGGGUCUACAAGUGGAUGGGCAGCGCUUCAGCGUCAGUGAGGGGAGUAUUGUGCGCACUUAGAAAGUCAAGCUAUAAAUCAUAAAUGUAAGGAGAUUUGAGCAAUAUAAAUAGUAAUAACAUUAACAAAAAUCAAAAUUGGUUGCGUGGUCAGCUGAGGCUUCAGGUCGUGGGCCCAGGUUGCGUAGUGGGUAACCCUGUAGUGCUGUUGGACAUUCCCAGCGUGGCUAGUAAGGCAGGGCCUUCUCCCGGGUCAGAGAUUUUGUAGGAUUGUUUAUCCUUGGCCACCCAGAGCAUUCUAGGGGUUGCUCACCUGUAUGUGAUUCCUGCCGUUUGUAGGGUAGUGGUUAUGGGCUGCAUGCUCUUGCGCCAUGAUAGCGUGUCUUUGCUCAGGUCUUGGAAGAAGGUGAUUUGGUGCAUUUCAAAGGUGUUUGGCGUUUUGCCAUUAGGGCUAUUUUAUCUAUUUGGCUUCGCAAGAUGAGGUUGCGUGGAGCUGUCUUCGGUGCUUGCAAGGAUUUGGCGAUGCGAUAUACGCCAUCAAACGUGAAGCGUUAAGAUUGCCUGUUGGGUAGGAGCGAGGCCUCUAAGCGCCUUAUAAAGUGGGGGAGUUUCUCCAGUGGUACUGCUUCCGAUACACACUCCCCCUAUCUUGACUUUUUUUUUAUAUCCUGCUCCUGUCAUCUAGCAGAUUAACUUGCCUUGUGAUAAUGGACUGUGUGGUUUGCAUCUGAGUGACUAUAUUUUUCAGUGCGUUUAGGUCUUGGCGCAGAUCUCUCAUCUCCUGUUCUGUGGUUUGAGAAAUUUGUCUUUUGUAUAACAGGCACUCUAAACAAAUUGAUUACGUGUCUUGUCAAUUAGCCUUGCUUAAAGGGACACUCUAGUCCCACUUGUCCCAAUUCAUGAAAGUACCCUUUUUCAGGAAAAAGAACUUAGGAACACUACUCUGGCCAUUGAGCUGACAAUUAGGUCUUCCUGAUUCACUGCAGUUGAACACUCAUUUAAGCAGACCUGAUAGCUGCCACAGGGAAGCUUUCAUUUGGACAAUCACUGCAUCUGAUUGGCACAUUCAAAGAAAUUGCAGCAGUAUUUGUCUGCAAAGGAAGGUAGACUGUCUUCUGGGGGCAUAGUGGAGCAGCAACAAGAGACACUUUAGAAAAAGUUAACUUUUUGGAAUGUUUGUGUUCCUUUACAGUGUUUUAUCCUUCUAGUGUGGUCAUUGCAGUGCCAAGAAACCACCAAAAACAUUAAUCCUAGGUCAGCACAUUUGUAAAAAUUGCUAUGGUUUCAGUAGCUGCAAAAUCUAAACCACAAUGCUCAGUUAUUGGAUAGAUAUCAUGAAGAGAUGUUUGGGCUCUAUCCCUUUCUCAAUGUAAAAUGCCCUUAAGUGUAAAUCGAAUACUCCCCACAAAAUAUGACUCAAAUGGCACCCCAUUUUGGGUGUAGGGUGGCUGAAUUAUAUUGAUGUUAGAGCGUUGUACAUUGAGAAAUGGACAGGGUCUCAAAACAUCUUACUUCAUUGCUGUUUUAAUAAAUGUGAGUUUCUCGAGUGGGCACAAUCUACUAAGCUGCUUAUUUUAUUUUUUUAAAUUGUCUUCUUUUACUCGCCUUUAUGCCAUUGUAGAGGAGAGUUGUGUAAUAUUGCUUCCAUCUGCCAGAACUGUGAACGAAAUAUAUGCAUUGUCUCAAUGGGUAAUGGUAGUCAUGCACAUUCUGUAUAGGAAUUAAGGUGACAAAAGCACUGUUUACAAGUAUAGCUUGCUAUCCAUGGUGACUGAAAUGUGUGUAUUUUUCUCCUCAGUAAAAACGUUCCCUUCAAAAUUGUACGUGCUUCAAAUGGCGAUGCCUGGUUGGAAGCACAUGGAAAAAUGUAUUCUCCCAGCCAAAUUGGAGCAUUUGUGUUAAUAAAGAUGAAAGAGACUGCAGGUAUGUUUGCAACAUACUUAAUAGUAUUAUGUAUAAUUUUUAAGGUAGUUUUUAAUUUUGUAAAUUGGUCCAUAACAUUUGAGAUUUCUUACUAGAGCAACCAGACAUUGCAGAGUGGAAAUGCUACAUUAACCUCGCUAAUCCAGUUAUUCACUAUGGCAAAUUAUUGCUGCCAAUGCUUCGUCUUUUCAUUUACUCCAGUUUCUGGUUGACUUAAACAGAAAAAAGGUGUGCCGGGGGUACAACUAGCCUCUGGAACAUAAGUGCAAAUAUUUCUGUAUGUGCAGCGUUUCAACGCAAAUUGACAAAUACUAAGCCUCCCAAAUCCUGGUAUAUAGUCUGACACUAUGGAAGUGGAACCUUUGCAUUAUUUGUGUGACUGCAAAGCCCGACCAUAGCAAGUGGUUGAGACCUAAACUAUGACCUUGGUCUUUGAUAACAAAUUGCUGUGCAUAUCCAAUAUAUACAAGUGCAGUUAUGCCUGUGGAUUAAAGGGACACUGUAGUCACCCAGACCACUUCAGCUCAAUGAAGUGGUCUGGGUGCCAGGUCCCUCAGGUUUUAACCCUUCACAUGUAAACAUAGCAAUUUCAGGGAAACUAUGUUUACAUAGCAGGGGUAAUCCAACCUCUAGUGGCUAUGUUUCUGACAGCCGCUAGAGGCGCAUCUGCAACACUUCUUGAGGAAAAAAAAAUAAAAAAUGAGGGGGUGGGUCUCAUGGCAAUAAAUGGAUGCAAGGUCACCUUAAGGUAUAAAUCUGCUAAAUCAUAUCCCCUCUGAUGCGCUGUUUUUCCAAACUAUGGAGAUCUACGUUUUUUUUUUUUUUUUAAACUUUUCUUGGUAACUAAAAUGCUCCAUUCCUUUAAAGGACCACUCUAGGCACCCAGACCACUUCAGCUUAAUGAAGUGGUCUGGGUGCCAGGUCCCUCUUUUUUUUUUUUUUUUUUUAUAUAUAUAAACAUAGCAUUUUCAGAGAAACUGCUAUGUUUAUAAUGGGGUUAAUCCAGCCUCCAAAUCUUCUAGUGGCUGUCUCAUUGACAACCGCUAGAGGCGCUUGCGUGAUUCUCACUGUGAAAAUCACAGUGAGAACACGCAAGCGUCCAUAGGAAAGCAUUGUAAAUGCUUUCCUAUGAGACCGGCUGAAUGCGCGCAGCUCUUGCCGCACAUGCGCAUUCAGCCGGAGAAAAGGAGGCGAGCUCCCUGCCCGGCACUGGAAAAAAGGUAAAUUUAACCCUUUUACUCUCCCCAGAUUAUGUUUUCCUGGUACUAUAGUGGUCCUUUAAUCAAUUUUGCAGCUUGUCUCUGCACUUUUUCUAGUGCCAUGAUAUCCUUCUUUAGAGCAGGCGCUUCAAAAUUGCACAGCAUAUUCAAUCGAUUUUUAUAAAGAGUCAAAAUUAUAUUUUCAUCCCGAGAAUUUAUGCCUCUAUCUAUACAUGACAAAACCUUACUGGCAUUAGCAAAUGUAGAUUGACAUUCCAUAUUGUUGCCUAAUUUGUCUAUAACAAUUCCCAAAUCCUUCUCGUGUGUGGUUACCCCUUAUUCACUACCAUUUUAGGGUGUAAGUUGCUUGUGCAUUCUUAACCCCGAAGUGCAUAACUUUGCAUUUCUCUACGUUAAAUUUCAUCUGCCGUUUGAGUGCCCAGUCCCUAAUCUAUUUAAAUACUAAACAGCUGAAAGAAGCUGUGGGGGAAAAAAAAAAAAAUAUUUUUAUUAAAUUAUGUUAAUAAUAUAUUCUCUUAGUAACAUACAAUUGAAUAAUUUACACUUACUUCGGUCCACAAUUGCCUCUGGUGCACACUCCUUGGUGACAUACCUGCAACAAAUAUACUUUUCUCAGCCAACACAUUCCAUCCAAUGAUGGGCAAAACUGCUAUGUUUACAUUGCAGGGUUAAUCCAGCUUAUAGUGGCUGUCUUCCUGACAGCUGCUAGAGGCGCUUCCACGACGCUCAAUGCAUGAAAAUCACAUCGAGCAUGCAGAACGUCCAUAGGAAAGCAUUGAGAAAUGCUUUCCUAUGGGCGUUUUUAAUGCGCGCGCGGCUCUGGCUGCGCAUGCGGGAGCUGAUGUCGCAGGGGGAGGAGAGGCCACCAGUGCAGAGGGAGCCUGGCGCUGGAUAAAAGUAAUUUCCUGAAGGGAAUUUAAUCCCUUCAGCCAAGCUGAAGGCGGAACCUGAGGGUGGGGGGGGACCUAAGGAUUAUAUAGUGUCAGGAAAAAGUUUGUUUUCCUGACACUAGAGUGGUCCUUUAAUCAAUCUUAAGUGGAAUGGAUGGUGAGUUGGCUUCAUGUAUAAUAUUCUCCCUAUCUUUGUGAAUAAAAACUAUCUAGUGUAGUUUAAAGAAUGUCACAAUUUUGUACACGUUUUAUCCAAUUUUCUAAAUACUUUUCUUGAAUAAUGCAUACUUGAUUAUAAAAAUCAGGUGACAUUUUAAAGUUUGUGGUUUUUUUUUUUUUUUUUUUUUUUUUUUUUUUUUUUUUUUUUUUAAAUUGGAAAAUGCAUAUUUGCAUACCAAAGAUACUAACGAGUUGUUUUAUUUUUUUAUUUUUUCUCCUUUCCAGAAAAUUAUUUGGGACAUUCUGCAAAGAAUGCUGUUAUUACUGUACCAGCUUACUUCAAUGACUCACAGAGGCAGGUUAGUCAUCACUGUAAUUGGUUAACUCUCUGUAACACAGUUGUGGAGUUUUGGAUGUUGGUGUCUUUUUGUUACAUAAUUGUCUAGAUAAUCUACUACAAGCAUGUCAAACUCGUGGGCCGCAUGUACAUGCUUGGUGUUAAAGCAGAGUAGGCACCUGCUUUCUCCACAUUGCAGGUGCCUGCUCUGCUAAAAUUUAUCCGGCCGGGGAGGAGGGCCAGCGAGGGAGCUCAGUGUUGCUGCUCUGUCGGCGCGCUGUCUGUAGUGAAGCCGGGCGCUGGAAUAUGACCUCAUGUUCCUUCACCCAGCAUCACAAAACUGCAUGCGAGGGAGCAGUGAGGAGCAGAUAGAGGCCCCACAUCAGCUCCCAAAGGUAGGGAGCAAUAAAGAAAAUGGUGUGUGUUGCAUUGACUGGACAUUGGAGCACCUGGAGAUGCAUGGAGGCACGCCACGUCACAUUCCGACGUGACAUCAACGUGCUCUAUCUUUACAGGGUUUCAAGAAGUAGCGAGAGGAUCAGAUUUGGCACAGGGUGCGGAUGGCGCCAUUUGGGUUAGACCAGAGACCGGACUCUGGAGUGGCAUACUGGCAGCGGCAAUGUGUGUGGAGGAUUUAGUCUAUGUUGUUUUUUAAAGUUUAACACCUACAGGACUAUUCACUAUAGUGUGAAUUUCAAAUGAAAGAUAAAAAUAGCCAAACAGGAAACAUUUCCUAAGUUAGCUUUUCCUGCCAGUUGGGCCACUUUAGCCUUAAAUUUGAAAUUCACACUUUAUGAUUAACUCCGGUAAAGAUACCUCCUUUCAUAUGACUGGGUAGGUUUAGGUUGGUUUGUAUUUUUCCAUGUAAAACUGCUUCUCCAAUCUGGCUCCAGUCAUUUACUGUGUAGACUCAAUGCAAGUUUGUUAAAAACGUAAAUAUCAUCCCUACAUUCUAGCAUAUGACCGGAUCUUUCAGUGAUAUACUCACACCUUUGGUCAGACAAUGUAUGAAAACGGGCAGGGAGUGAAGCAGGGAAGACCACUGAGGCUUUGUUUUCAAACACUAUCUGACCAAAGUAACAUAUAAAUGGCUUAAAUUUAUCUGCCUUUCAGGAGUUAAAUUACUUUGUUUCUGUCAAGGCAGGCCUCACCACACCAUACACAGGAGUUACACAGCCUGUAUGGAAAACAUUUUCUAAUUUUUUUUAGAAUGUUGCCUUGCUUUAACCCCUUAAGGACCAAACUUAUGGAAUAAAAGGGAAUCAUGACAUGUCACACAUGUCAUGUGUCCUUAAGGGGUUAAAAGUUUUUUUAUCUACUACCCUGUAAAUUUAUUUUUGUUUACACAUGAGGCUCCUGCAGGGUGUAGAUAAGAGCAGUAGAUAAGAAAUUCUGAAUGAAACCGGAUUUGCAAUAAAGGAAGUGUAAACUUCAGAUGAAUCUUUACAGGAAGUGUUUAGGGAGUCUGUAAGUAACAUGCAGGGUGGUGUGACUAGGGCUGCAUAAACCAAGUGAUGUAACUCCUAAAUGGCAGAGAUUUGAGCAGUAAGACUGCAGGUGCAUGAUCUAUACAGCAUAACUGCUUUAUUAAACUAAAGUUGUUUUGAUGCCUUAAGUAUCCCGUUUAAUUUAAAGGGUCACUGUAGGCAGCUCAUUGAAGUGGUCUGGGUGCAAAAUCCCAUCACCCUUAACCCUAGAGUGGUAAUUAUUGCAGUUCUUAUAAACUGCAAUAAUUACCUGCUAGGGUUAACUCCUCCUCCUCUGCCGUCUACCAGACAGCCACUAGAAGAAUUUUCGGGUUUGAAGGCUACUUUUGGUCACCUAAAUAACGCUGGACACACUCACGCUAUGCAUGAGGACUUCCAGAGGCACCGGAUUCCCUAUAGGAAAGCAUUGUAUAAUGCUUCCCUAUGGGGGAAUCCAACUGUGAGCGCGGCUAUUUCUGCUCAUGCACAUUAGGACUCCCCAGCCGGCAGACAUCGGCGGGGGGAAAAGCGUCGGCGAAGCUGAAACCUGGACCCAGGUAAGUGACAGUUAACGCUUCGGCACCACGUGGGUGGGCGGUGACAAAGGGGGAAGCAAGCUAUAGCUUCCCUUUUAUAAAUAAAUUAUUUACUAUAGCAAUCCUUCAAGUUUUAUAUUUAUUUAUUAAUAGUUUUGAGGUGACAGUCCUCUUUUUAGUGUUCUACAUGAUACAUUUUGAUUAAAGGGAUUCUAUCGUUACCAGAACAACUACAGGUUAAUGUGGGUAUAGCUACAGCUAUACCUUUUUUUAAAGUGUUCCUUUAAGAUCCAUAAGUACCUAAAGCACAACAUUCUGAAGUAGUGGUUUAAUGCAUAGAUACUGUCCCUUUUAUCUAGAAAUAAUGUGUAACUAUCCUUUUAGUAAUGUUUCUUUAAGAUGUGCAAUGCUUGCCUAAACAUAUAGUUUAUUGUUUAAAAAAAAAAAAAUUUUUAUUUUUGCUUCAUUUCAGGCAACAAAAGAUGCUGGACAGAUUGCUGGUCUAAAUGUUCUUCGAGUCAUUAAUGAGCCUACUGCUGCUGCUCUUGCAUAUGGUUUAGACAAAUCUGAUGAUAAAGUGUAAGUAAAUUCUGUUCAGAAGUAUCAAAAUAGACAACCGAUUACUUACAGCACUAAAAAGGUGCAAAGGGUCUUUCUAAUGGGUUAAUUAAAUAAAAAUGGACUGACUUCUCCCUCACAAUGGCUGUCCUCCUUAUGCCUCUGCCUCAGACACAUUUUGCAAGUGGGCAAAACUAAUCCGACUGCUUUUAACAUAACUGCAAUUACACAACUAUCUUAUUUGGCCGUUAAAUAUGUUUAUUAAUCAGUGUUAUGACGUGCACUCACUAUAAACUGUUUAGCAAAAAAAUCCCAUACUAACCUUACAAAUUAACCAAAAAGCAAUGCGAGGAGAAAUGUGACUUUUUAACAGUUACAAUCCAUUUUGACUUCACCUAGAAAUUCAUCAAGAAUAUGGUGUGCAGUAAUAGAAAUGUAGUACACUACACUCUCAUGCUUUAUGGCCUCAUGAAUAGUUUGCAAAAGAUUAUAAAACUUAAUGCCUCUAUUAAAUCCCAUUCUAUACCAGGAUAAUCGUGCAUGUGAUGUAAAUUUUAAAAGUUAAAAAAAAUGUACUGGCAGUAAGCUUUAUUCCUCUAAGGUGGACUUGGCAGCAUUUUGACCCUGCAGUCUUUGUUUUGUAUUUGGUUUACUUCAGUGUUGUCUGUCUAACAUUAUAUGUGUCUGCUGGAGGGAAUUUGGUGUUCAAUGUGAUAUUUAUUUUGAUGCUUUGAAGAAAAAUAACACUAAUGUUGAUAUUUACAGCCACCAUUUCCUUCAUUAUAGAUUAUAUGUAAUAACGUGUUUGUUUUUGGUUUUUUUUCCAGUAUUGCUGUAUAUGACCUUGGUGGUGGAACUUUUGAUAUUUCAGUCUUGGAGAUUCAGAAAGGUGUCUUUGAAGUUAAAUCAACCAAUGGAGACACUUUCUUGGGGGGUGAAGAUUUUGAUCAAGCUUUGCUGCAACACAUUGUAAAGCAAUUUAAAAGAGAGGUUGGUUUUGAGAAAAAAAAAAUACUUAGUGUGUAUUCAACUAUCUUUAUGGCAUUAUUGCUUUUAUCUACUUUCGUUGCUGCCAUCUUACAAUAUGAAAAAUGUAGGCCAUUACUUUAAAUAUGACUAAUUGACUCAUUCUCCUCUUCCACUCGCACUGCCAAAUCUAUAUUUUCAGUGUCAAAGUUUCAUAAAAUUUACACUUUUAUUGAUAUCAUUAAUCUGCAGUAAGUUUUGAAAAACAAUGUACAAAUACAGUUGCAGGAAAAAGUAUGUGAACCCUUUGCAAUGAUAUGGAUUUCUGCACAAAUUGGUCAUAAAAUGUGAUCCGAUCAUCAUCUAAGUCACAACAAUAGACAAUCACCGUCUGCUUAAACUAAUAACACACAAAGAAUGAAAUGUUGCCAUGUUUUUAUUGAACACAUCAUGUAAACAUUCACAGUGCAGGUGGGAAAAGUAUGUGAACCCCUGGAUUUAAUAACUGGUUGAACCUCCUUUGGCAGCAUCGGAAAGCAUUGAGAAAUGCUUUCCUAUGGGCGGUAUGAAUGCGUGCGCGAAUCUUGCUGCGCAUUCGGCUCUGACGUCGGCAGGAGGAGGAGAGUUCCCAGCGUCAAGGGAGCCCGGCGCUGGAGAAAGGUAAGUGGCGGAAGGGGUUUUAUCCCCUUUGGCCCAGUGGGGGGGGGGAGGAGAGAAACCUAAAGUUUUCCUGGCAGUACAGUGGUCCUUUAACACCUUAAGGACCAAACUUCUGGAAUAAAAUGGGAAUCAUGACGUCACACAUUAAGCAGUAUUCUGAAGACUUAAUAAACAUAUUUGAACAAUUCUUAUUUUACAAAUUUGAACUGUGACAAUAAUUUAGAGCCAAGAAAUGAGCAAUUGAGUAUCAUUGAAUGCUGCUAAAAACCACAUUAAAUACAGAUUAGGGAACAGCGCACAAGGCUACUUCUAAUCGCCUAUCUCCGAUAACAAAUAUGGAGAUUCAGUUCCACGAUAUCGCAAUAUUGUGUUAAGCCCACCUGUGCCCCAUAAUACCCUAUUGUCAAUGGAUUGUACACAAAUUCCAGCGUGGGAGAGAAAUCGUGAUAGAUCACGUUGGAAUUAGUGGGACGCACAGUUAUUGGGGUACUGUGGAGUAGUGGUGGACUUAGACACUAUAUAGACACCCAGACCACUUAAGCUCAUUGAAGUCAUCUUGGUGCACUUCCCUGGUUUGAGAAACUGUCAUAAUUACCUUUGUUGGUUAACCCCACCAUUUCUGGCUGUCUUCCAGAAAGCCACUAGAGGGACUUACAUGUCGUUAGGCGACUUUUGGCCGCCUAACUGAUGCUGGAUGGUCUUGCACUCUUCAUGAGUACAUCUAGCACAAUGCUCCUCAAGGCACACCUAACCGUCCAGGAUUUGGGGAUUACCCAGGUGUGUCUAAGGUGUUUAGGAAUCUUCAGAGGAGGAGGAGCCUGAGCCGGCGCCGAGGAACAUCGUAGCUGGACUUUGGGGAUAUAAUCGAUUCUGCACCAGUGAGGAGGGCACUAUAUGGAGCUAUCGUGCUAGAAAAACAAUUUUCCUGGCACUAUAGUUUCCCUUUACCAUGAUAGGGCCAUAUGGUAAAACUGAUUCCCAUUAAUUUUUUUUUUUUUUUUUUUUUUUUUCGAGAUAAGUGAUUUUUAAGAAGCUGUAUUUUUAUUUGUGUGCUGUUCCUUAAUCUGUAUUUUGUAUAAAUUGGACUCUACAGAUGCAGCAUUGCUGAGAAAUGAAUGUUCUGUGUGUGUGCGCCCCCCGUUUCCUUUUUCUCUGCCCCGGGUAUGGGUGUGCCACAGGCAUAGAGGAACAUGUCAGUGUUCGGAAUACAUCUUUCUAUUCAGAACGCUAAAAUGUUCCUUUAAGUUUAAGCUGGGAAGACUUUUAUUUUUUUUAUUUUUUUUUUUAUAAAGUGCCACCAAUUAUGAUUUAAAGGAAUACUCCAAUCACUAGUUUCACUACAGCAUGCUGUAGAGUUUACGGUACCAAAACUUUUGAAGCCUACAGUACCGUGGGGCUUCCCCCAAUAUGAAGAAUCAAACCGUUUUAGUAGUGGUUUGACUUAUUACCUGGGUCCGCAAAGUGCUUCUGCGUACCUUCUCUGUCACGGAAAUUAUCUUCACUGAUUUCAACCAAGCAGGGAUUAUUGGCUGAGAGCAGCUGACACUCAGCCAGUGAGCUGACCCUGCACUGCCAGGCUAUUCUCAGGAAAACUAACAGACGCUUUUGCUUAGGAGCUUUCUGCUUUCCUUCCAGCAUAGAGUAGGUGUGGAGCAGUACCUGUGGAUGCCAGGUAAGAUGUCAAACCAUAAAUGGUUUAUUUUCCUACAUUGUGGUGCUAGAGUACUCCUACAAGUUACAGUAGUACUCUGCUACAACUCUGGUGGUUAUGGUACUUGGACUGUACCCUUUUUUUAUUUAAUUAUUUUUUUAAGCAAACGAAAAUUGUUAAACAACUUAUAAUGAGAACUAUUCUACUAAGUUGAUGGUAUGAGUUUUCAUAGGCUGUUAAUAUCACUGCUAGAUUUGUUCUGUUGAAUGUGAACUGUUAAAUGUGAUUUACUUUUUAUUUUUCAUCCUGUGUUAUGUACACUGAUUUGUUUUAAUCUAAUACCUUACAUUUUAAUAGAGUGGUGUUGACUUGACCAAAGACAACAUGGCUCUUCAAAGAGUCAGAGAAGCGGCUGAAAAAGCAAAAUGUGAAUUGUCGUCGUCUGUUCAGGUAUUUUUCCUUUUUAUUUAUUUUUUUUUUUUUUUUAAUUCAAAACAAAAAAGAUGUACUUUAAAUUAUUUGCAUGUACAUUAUUCUGCCUACCUAGAAUUUCUAAAUGCAAGAACAUUCGCAAGUGAUCUCACAGCCAAAGUUCCAAGCAUGAAAAUUGCUGCACCAAUAUCUGAUGACUUUACUAUGCAAUAUUUAUUUUCUAUUUUGUCUCAUUGAUUCCUUUUCCACUGAAAGAGUAUUGAUACAACAAUGGUUAAAUGAUUCAUCUUUACUGAAAACAUAAUUAGUAUAUUUGCUAAUUUCCCUAACUCAUGGUGUUAAUACUUUUGUUGUAGACUGAUAUUAAUCUGCCAUACCUUACCAUGGAUGCUUCUGGGCCAAAGCAUUUGAACAUUAAGUUGACUCGCUCACAAUUUGAGGGAAUUGUUGCUGAUCUAAUUAAAAGGACAAUUGCGCCAAGCCAGAAAGCUAUGCAAGAUGCGGAAGUCAGUAAAAGUGACAUUGGUGAAGUUCUCCUUGUUGGAGGAAUGACUAGAAUGCCAAAGGUGAACACUUAAACAGUUGAACUAUAAAACAUGUAUAUUAUUCUCGCAUUUCAUGUUGGACUUUAGAAUAAUUUUAAACUAUUCAAAACGUAAUUGUAAAAGGCAUAUUGCAAAUGUACACUAUUUAUUUAUAUAUAUAUAUAUAUAUAUAUAUAUAUAUAUAUAUAUAUAUAUAUAUAUAUAUAUAUAUAUAUAUAUAUAUAUAUAUAUAUAUAUAUAUUCAAUAUAGUUGCAUAGUAAUAUAUAGGGUGAAAAAGACUCAAGUCGAUCAAGUUCAGUCUCUCAUUGUUAUGUAUUUGUUAACACAGGUUCAACAAACUGUGCAAGAUUUAUUUGGCCGUGCUCCAAGCAAGUCUGUGAAUCCUGAUGAAGCUGUUGCAAUUGGGGCUGCCAUUCAGGGUGGAGUGUUAGCAGGUGAUGUGACUGAUGUCUUGUUGUUGGACGUCACUCCUUUGUCCCUUGGCAUUGAAACACUUGGUGGAGUAUUUACAAAGUUAAUUGGAAGAAACACCACUAUACCAACAAAGAAAAGCCAGGUAACUGAUUUUCAGUGAUUGUUCGUUUCUUGAGUGCUUUUUUUUUUGGUUUGCUUAUUGUCAAUUUGUUCACUGUUGGAUUCUCUUUAGUUUCAAAUUAUGUUUGUUUAGCUGUUCAAAUGGUGUAAUCUUCCAUUUCCUGUUAUUAAUCCUAUAGUGUCCACACUUUUUUCAAGUUCCUAUAACCCCUUAAGUACGGCGGGUGUACAUUGUCGUCCCUGGGGACCCAGUCCUAAACGCAGGGGGGUGGCAUAGUACGUCCACGCCGUCUUAUACACUUACCUGAUCGCUGGCGGCGAUCGCGAUGUGUGGACUUGCCUGGCAUCCCAGGCAGUCCCCCUGGGGCUGAUCCGGGCCAUGUGAUCGCGAUGACGUGUGUGUGAUCCAAGUACAGUGUGUGUGUGUGUGUAUAUGUAUAUAUAUAUAUAUAUAUAUAUAUAUAUAUAUAUAUAUAUAUGUAUAUAUGUAUAUGUAUAUGUGUAUAUGUAUAUAUAUGUAUAUAUGUAUAUAUAUGUAUAUAUGUAUAUAUAUAUAUAUAUAUAUAUGUAUGUAUAUGUGUGUGUGUGAUCCAAGUUGUAUGUAUGUAUGUAUGUAUAUAUUCCAUGCACUCACGCUAAAUAAGACAUAUGUACCACACAGCAUUUACUUUAGUUGCCGGGAAUAAAAUAAUAUCUUCAUCAUUCAGACAGUGAGUGCAGCCCUUGAAUUUUCAUUUUUUGGUAUAUAUUCUCACAUACACUAUGUCUAAGUGUAUUUUAAUGUUAAAAUACACUUAGAAUGAUAUUUAUUUUUACAGGUUUUAUGGUGUUUUCAAAAGUUAGCCAAAUAUAAGGCUUGCAUUUCAGUUUUUUUCACAUCGAAAUUUGCCAGAUUGGUUAUGUUGCCUUUGAGACCUUAUGGUAGCCCAGGAAUGAGAAUUACCCAGAUGUCAUUCCAUUUACAAAAGUAGGCAACCCAAGGUAUUGCAAAUAGGGUGUGUGUGUGUGGGGAGGGAGGUGUUCCCUUUAUGUACAUUAUUUUUUUAUCUUUUAUUUUUUUGUGAAAUUUUGAUAUGAUGGAAAUUAUAUUGUAAUGUAUUAUAGACUCAAUUCUAUAACUUGUAUAAUUUAUAGGUAUUCUCAACUGCUGCUGAUGGACAGACUCAAGUCGAAAUCAAAGUGUGCCAAGGAGAGAGAGAGAUGGCUAAUGACAACAAACUCCUUGGGCAAUUUACAUUGGUAGGUUUAAUUAAACAUGAAAACACAAAAUGCUUGAAUAAAAUCUCAACCUUCUGGAUCUGCCAGGACACAUUUUCACUUGAACAUUUAAAGUAAACUAAUAAAAUAUUUUCCUAGCAGUGCUAAAUGAUCCCUUCGCAUUUUACAUGCGUGCUAAUUUUUCAUGAAAUGCAAAUGAUUGCAGGGAUAAGUCGGCAAACUAACCUUGUGGCGGUUUUGGUGCCUAGUGUUCCUUAACUGAAUUGGGAUAAGCAUAGAAUACUGAAUGUUUGUUUGUUUAUUUUGGGUGAUACCAUCCAGGACUCAACACCUGCAUAUUUUGAUACUGCUACAUACACACAGUAUACACAAAUUAUGAAAUCCAUGCUGUUUAGUCUUUCUCCUUAACUACUUUUUUCUGCAGGCCAGUGGUUUGUGUCAGGCUGUACUUUGUAGGGCUAUCCCUUACAUCUGCACGUUGGGAGGAAGUGACAUGAUAUCAUAGCCUUCCAGUACUUCCACAUGAGUGGAAAGUGGGAAGACAGCGCCUCUAGUAAGGAUCCCAGUUUGUCACAGUUCUACGUUGCUAUUCAGUUGGAGAAUUAUAAAUAACUUUGCCCCAUAUGGGCUCCUAACGAGGGUCCAACUGCACUUCCAUGAUGCUAUUUCUGACAUGACCCACUGUGAGUUCAGUAUUAGGUAGUGUUGAAUGUAAACGAUAUAUUUUAGUCCUUUGCGUUUUCAUAUAUAUAUUUAUUUAUUUUUGUUUGUUUGUUAAUAAAAGUACAUUGUGUGCCCCCUUUAGGUUGGAAUCCCACCAGCACCUCGUGGAGUACCACAAAUUGAAGUCACUUUUGAUAUUGAUGCCAAUGGAAUUGUUCACGUGUCUGCAAAAGACAAAGGAACAGGCCGGGAACAACAAAGUAAGAUUGAAUGCUCCUUCAAGUUUUUAUUGUUUUGUGUAUUUGUAUGUAUGUCUGCACAUGUAUGGUUGAAUGUAUUUUUAAAUAUUCUGUUUCAGCAACUUACUAUGUUUUCAAAAUAAUUACAUAAAAACUAGGAUUACUAACACGCAGUAACACAAAAUAAGAUUUCUCUCAGACUUCAGCUUUAUGUUGCAGUGGGGUUUUUACCUCUCCACUUGAAUAUCUGCAUAAAUGAAAAGCCUAAAGCAUUACUGAUCUCAGUGAAACAAGGAAGCUAAGAUUGCUAUAAUGCAUGGGUUAAAGCAAAAAUAAAAAUUCCAGGGUGUAGUAAAUCUUCCCUGCAAUAAGAAAAUUGGGAAAAGAAAAGUGUUAAAUGAAGAGAUGGCAAGUUAGCUUCUGUGUGUAUGUACUUAUACAUUAACAUCAUGGCUGUAGUGUGAAAUCAUUCCGGUUGGACAUUACUUUACCAUUUAUAGUGAAAAUUGAUUUCUGGUGAAUCGAAAUUUACAAAUGGAGGGUAAACUAUGUCUUGCUGUGGUGUGUAGAUUUUAAAUCCUGACUGGUAGCAUAGGGCUGCAUAUUUUAUGUACAAAAUAUUUUACCAGGAAAGAUACAUUGAGAUUAAUCUCGUUUUCAAAUGUGUCCUGGGUCCACAAAAAACUGCAGAAACAUUAUGGUACAAUAAAAUACAAAAACAAUAUUAAUACACAAUAUAUACAAAAUUUAACAUAGAACAGGCAGGAAAUAUAUAAUCAACCAUGACAUGUGCAUUCUGUUUUGAGGUAUGUAGAGAGGGAUCACUUAAAGGACUUUAGGCUUGGGAAAGAUUUUAAAGUGUGCGGGAGGUUGUUCCACAAUUGUGGCGCUCUGUAGGAGGAGGAUCGGGCCGCUUUCUUUUUGUAUUGAGGUAGACUAAGUGUUGGUACUGGAUCAGAGGUUAUAGGAGGUUGUAGCAGCCGAGGAGAGCAUUCUGCUCAGGUAGGGUGGGAGUUUCCCAAAAAAAGCGCUUAAACACAAGGCUGGAAAGAUGAAGGGUGCAUCUAGAUUACAGAGACAGCCAGUUUAGUUCUUUUAGCAUGUCACAGGUAGAUUGCGGCUUUACUCCCAUUUUAAUUUUUAAGGGCUGUUAAGUUUAAAGAAGAAAAUAAAAUGGCUUUUAGUCAACAUAUUACUAUUAAAUGGAUAUGGUUUGUUUUCUAUGUUGUAUGUUUUAAGAGAAAGUGAUCGAUAGUAUAGGGUGGUGGAUGCCCAUGCUGGUGGUGUGUAUUUAUUCUAUCUUAUGUAACUUCUGUUUUUUUAUUUUUUUUAUUUUUUUUUUUAAUAGUCAUUAUACAGUCUUCUGGUGGACUGAGUAAAGAUGACAUUGAGAACAUGGUGAAGAAUGCAGAAAAAUAUGCAGAGGAAGACCGAAGGAGAAAAGUAAUUAUCUGUCCUAAUGUCUUAAUGUACCUGUGUUGUUGGUAGGUGUGGUUGUGUGUUUUUAAAUAUGUGUGUUUGUUUUUGGCUUAUGGAACAAGUGUUUUACCCCUUUCAUGGCAAGUUCAAUAACUUUGUACCAGAAGUACAGGUACAAGCAGGCAUUUUGCUUUUUUGCAAGAAAGGUAGUAAAUGAACACUGGUAUCAACAUACAAUUGAUUAGAAAACCUAUUCAUGGUCUUACAUUCGUUGAAUCAUAUUGUAAAUUGAUAUAUUACUGGUACAUGGUUCCAAAAUUUUUUUCACAAACUCUCAAGAUGAAAUUCAGACUUAUGUUGGAGGUGUGUGACUGAUAAGGAACAUAUUUACCAUAUAUGGUGGGAAUGUACUCUUCUAUGCACAUUUUUAAACAAUUUCUAGCACUCCUGAAAUAUAUAUUUGACAGUAUAAAUCGCAUCUCCUCUCAGACUUUCAUAUUAAAUAUGGAUCUUCCAUUCAAUACUAAAAAUCAUAAGUACCUAAUUACACAUAUUUUAUUGGCUAUUAAAAUGACUAUAGCUAUAAAAUGGAAAACUUCAUCAGAACCAAAAUGGGUUUAAUCAAAUUGAAUACCAGUACGAUAUGGAAUGGGCUACUACCACUCCAAGGGACAAUUGUAAAAAUAUAUUCAAUAUUUAUUUUUAUUUAUUUUUUUUAAACUCAACAUAAUGUUCCCUAAUCUACACUUAUUACCCCUUUCCUGGUAUUAUAGACACAACAGUAUCCUAGUCCAGUAUGCAUGAUGGAAAUUAUGCAAAAAUAAAACUGUAAAAAGUAAAUGAUGUAUAAACAUAAGCUUGAUUUUAUACUAUAAUGUCAAAUGUAUUUAUUUUUUGUUCUGAUUUAUAAAUUCUAGCAAAAAUGUUUUUAAAAUAUUUAUAAUUUAAAAAAAAAAAAAGGUAGUAGGGAGGAGUCGGGCAACUGUAAGCCUUAUUGCAGUAAUGGGGAAAGUGGAGGAAACCAUGUUAAAGGAUAGGAUUGCUAAACAUCUAAAAUCACAUGGAUUUUAAGAUCAAAGACAACAUGGGUUUACUUCAGGGAGAUCAUACCAAACUAACCUUAUUGGUGUUUUUUUAAUUUAUUUUUUUGAUUGGGUAACAAAAAUAAUAGAUCAAGGUGGUGCAGUAGACAUUGCUUAUCUAGAUUUCAGCAAGGCUUUUGACACGGUCACACAUAGAAGGCUUAUUAAUAAACUGCAAUCUUUAAGUUUGGUUUCCAAUAUUGUUAAAUGGGUUAGGCAGUGGCUAAGUGACAGGCAACAGAGGGUUGUAGUCAAUAGAGUAUAUUCGAAGUAAAGUCUAGUUACCAGUGGGGUACCUCAGGGAUCUGUACUUGGACCCAUUCUCUUUAAAGCAUCCCUAUAGGGUCAAGAACACAAACAUGUAUUCAUGACCUCAUGGUCCAAAACACACCAUUUAGGUGGUUUGUCCCACCCUUAACCCUCAAAAGUUAAUAAAACACCUUUAUUUCCAGCGCCGUGCGGGUCUGCUGGCACUGGCCCCACCCCCUUGGUGACCUCAUCAGAAGUGAUUGAUUUUUAGCCACUUCCCAUAGGGAAAGCAUUGGAUUGGCUAAAAUCGGCAAGGGGGGCAAACACUGUCUUGACCAAUCAACAUCUCCUCAUAGAGAUGCAUUGACUCUAUGAGGAAAAUUCAUCAUCCCAAUGCAGUAAAUGGAGAUGCUGAACAUUUUAUUUUUUUUUUAUUUUUUUUUUGUAGUGCUGUUGCAGAAGGUUUUGAUAAGUAUUUUUUUUUUUUUUUGCUCUUGAUACAAAGAUUUGGAACAAGGUUGAUCUAGGAAGGAUAAACCAAAUGGCAAAUGAUUUAGGUAAACAAGAUUAUCAGAGCUGUGGCAACUGACAUUUAAUGUGGAUAAGUGCAAGAUAAUGCAUUUUGGGCAUAAAAACCCAAGGGCAGAAUAUAGAUUUGAUACAGUACUAACCUAAACAUCAGAUGAAAUGGAAUUUAGGCGUAAUUAUUUCAGAUGACUUAAAGGUAGGUAGGCAGACUGUGUAAUAGAGCAGCAGGAAAUGCUAGCAAAAUGCUUGGUUGUAUUAAAGAGACACUAGUCACCUGAACAACUUUAAUUUAAUGAAGCAGUUUUGGUGUAUAGAACAUGCCCUUGCAGCCUCACUGCUCAAUCCUCUGUCAUUUAGGAGUUAAAUCCCUUUGUUUAUGAACCCUAGUCACACCUCCCUGCAUGGGACUUGCACAGCCUUCCAUAAACACUUCCUGUAAAGAGAGCCCUAUUUAGGCUUUCUUUAUUGCAAGUUCUGUUUAAUUAAGAUUUUCUUAUCCCCUGCUAAUAGCUUGCUAGACCCUGCAAGAGCCUCCUGUAUGUGAUUAAAGUUCAAUUUAGAGAUUGAGAUACAAUUAUUUAAGGUAAAUUACAUCUGUUUGAAAGUGAAACCAGUUUUUUUCAUGCAGGCUCUGUCAAUCAUAGCCAGGGGAGGUGUGGCUAGGGCUGCAUAAACAGAAACAAAGUGAUUUAACUCCUAAAUGGCAGUGAAAUUGCAGGGGAAUGAUCUAUACACUAAAACUGCUUUAUUUAGCUAUAUUAAUUUAGGUGACUAUAGUGUUCCUUUAACGUGAGGUAUAAGCAGUAGAACGAGGGAAGUGCUCAUGCCAUUGUACAGAACACUGGUGAGACCUCACUUGGAGUAUUGUAUGCAGUACUGGAGACCGCAUCUACAGAAGGAUGUUGAUCCUUUUGGAGAGAGUUUAGAGAAGGGAAUACUAAACUAGUCCAUGGAUUGCAGGAUAAAACUUACAAGGAAAGGUUAAAGGACCUUAACAUGUAUAGGUUGGAGGAAAGACGAGACUGGGGAUAUGAUAGAAACAUUUAAAUACAUAAAGGGAAUCAACACCGUAAUGGAGACUAUAUUUAAAAGCAGAAAAACUACCACAACAAGAGGACAUAGUCUUAAAUUAGAGGGGCAAAGGUUUAAAAAUAUCAGGAAGUAUUACUUUACUGAGAGGGAGGUGGAUGCAUGGAAUAGCCUUGCAGCUGAAGUGGUAGAGGUUAACACAGUAAAGGAGUUUAAGCAUGCAUGAGAUAGGCAUAAGGCUAUCCUAACUAUAAGAUAAGGCAAAGGACUAAUGAAAGUAUUUAGAAAAUUUGGGCAGACUAGAUAGGCCGAAUGGUUAUAUGCGGUCACAUUCUAUGUUUCUUUUGUUCACUUGUACACUCAACACAUUGGAAUAGUAGAUGCCCGAUAGAAUUGCUUUUGUGUAUAUGAUUUCGCAUUUGGACUAAACUGGAUUAUGUCAUUUCAAAUCCGACACAGAGAACAACACGGAUAAGUAAUGUGUAACCUGACAGCUGUAAAUGGCUGCACAUGUAACAGUGGCUCACAGUGGGUUUAGAUGUAUGCAUUCUGCUCCAGGAUAGAGCAGUGUGGAUUUCUACAUUUUGAAAGGGUUUUUUUUUUUUUUCAUUUCUGUAAAACACCUUUGUUAAACAUAGGGCAUGAGAAAACCAUGCUGGAAGUGAAAGUUCCUCUUCAAGUGUCUCUGCCAGUUUGAAAUGUCAGUGUAAUCCAGGUUUAAAACCAAUUCUGUUCAUUUGUAACGAGAGCAGUUUUUGCUGAUGAUACCUUUAUAAAACAUGCUUGUAAACUACAACCAUAUCAAAUGAUUACAUUUUUUUUUUUUUUUUUUUUCUUUUAGGAAAGUGUUGAAGCUGUAAAUAAUGCUGAAGGAAUUAUUCAUGACACGGAGUCAAAAAUGGAGGAAUUUAAGGAUCAGUUGCCUGCUGAUGAGGUUAGAAGUCUUUUUUUUGUUUUUUUUAUUAUUGACAUACUUUCUCCCUCCUAUUUGAGUCUUAUGGUUUUUUUUUUUUUCAUGGAGCUUCUUUAAUUGAAGGCAGUUCUCCCAUCUUACAGCAAGCCUUCUCAAAACCAUAUAGUAAUUCAACAUUUUUUUAUUUUAUUUUUUUUUCUAGUGCAACAAGCUCAAGGAAGAAAUUGCCAAAAUGAAAGAACUCUUGGCACGUAAAGAUACAGAAACUGGAGAAAACAUCAGACAAGCUGCAUCAUCCCUUCAGCAGGCGUCACUGAAACUCUUUGAAAUGGCAUACAAAAAGGUAUUUUGCGUGUUAUCAGUAGUGUUUAAAACUGGGCCAGUGUUAAUAUACAUGGCUGUGUAGAUACAAAUAUUUUUUUGAUUGAUGGGGUGUUUUUUGGGAGGGAGCUCGGGGGGAUUAUUUUUUAAUAUUAUGGAAAAAAUGUUCUGUCUACUAAAAAUAUUUUAAAUGUCAAAUUCCAGCGUUAAGGUGUAAUUUGGAGCUCUGCAGGUGUUUAUUAUUUAUUAUUAUUAUUAUUAUUAUUAUUGCCAUUUAUAUAGCGCCAACAGAUUCCGUAACUCUUUACAAUUUAAUGAGAGGGGGUAUUAAACUAUAAAUAGGACAAUUACAAAAAACUUACAGGAACGAUAGGUUGAAGAGGACCCUGCUCACACAAGCUUACAUUCUAUAGGAGUUGAAUAUUGUUUUAGGGGUGGGGAGGGGAGAGUCUCUGAAGCAUUGUUAGCUGGGAUUGGAUGUAUUUUUACUACUGUAGCAAGUAGAGUUGAGUUGUGGCAAGGCACAAUCUCUCCACUGGAAAGAGGUAAAUUUAACUAUUUUUACACCGAACAAAAUUAUAAACACCACUUCUUUUUUUUUUUUUUUUUUUUGCACCCAUUUUUCAUGAGUUGAACUCAAAGAUCUAAGACUUUUCUAUGUACACAAAAGGCAUAUUUCUCUCAAAUAUUCACUUAUCUGUCUAAAUCUGUGUUAGUGCGCACUUCUCGUUGGUCGAGAUAAUCCACCACCUCAUAGGUAUGGCAGAUCAAGAUGCUGGUUAGACAGCAUGAUUAUUGCAAAGAUGUGCCUUAGGCUGGCCACUCUAAAAUGUGCAGUUUUAUCACACCGCACAAUGCCACAGAUGUCGCAAGUUUUGAGGGAGCGUGCAAUUGGCAUGCCAACUGCAGGAAUGUCCACUAGAGCUGUUGCCCGUGAAUUGUAUGUUCAUUUCUCUACCAUAAGCCGUCUCCAAAGGCGUUUCAGAGAAUUUGGCAGUACAUCCAACUAGCCUCACAACCACAGACCACGUGUAACCACACCAGCCCAGUUUUCACUGUACAGGGUAGAUGGCAGACAGCGUGUAUGGCAUAGUGUGAUUAAGAGGUUUGCUGAUGUCAACAUUGUUGAUCGGGUGGCUCAUGGUGGCAGUGGGGUUAUGGUAUGGGCAGGCAUAUGUUAUGGACAAUGAACACGGGUGCAUUUUAUUUAUGGUAUUUUGAAUGCACAGAGAUACCAUGAAGAGAUUCUGAGGCCCAUUGUUGUACCAUUCAUCCACAACCAUCUCCUCAUGUUGCAGCAUGAUAAUGCACGGCCCCAUGUUGCAAGGAUCUGUACACAAUUCCUGGAAGCUGAAAACAUCCCAGUUCUUGCUUGGCCAACACACUCACCAGACAUGUUUUGGGAUGCUCUGGUUAGGCAUAUACGACGGCGUGUUCCAGGUCCUGCCAAUAUCCAGCAACUUUGCACAGACAUUGAAGAGAAGUGGACCAACAUUCCACAGGCCACAAUCAACAACCUGAUAAACUCUAUGCGAAGGAGAUGUGUUGCACUGCGUGCGGCAAAUGGUGGUCACACCAGAUACUGACUGGUUUUUGGACCCCCCUGCACAUUUUAGAGUGGCCUUUUAUUGUGGCCAGCCUAAGGCACACCUGUGCAAUAAUCAUGCUGUCUAAUCAUCAUCUUGAUGUGCCACACCUGUGAGGUGGGUGGAUUAUCUCGCCAAUGGAAAAGUGCUCACUAACACACAUUUAGACAGAUUUGUGAACAAUAUUUGAGCGAAAUAGGCCUUUUGUGUACAUAGAAAAAGUCUUAGAUCUUUGAGUUCAGCUCAUUAAAAAUGGGGGGUGGGGGUGGGGCAAAAACAAGUGUUGCAUUUAUAAUUGUGUUCAGUGUAUUUGCAGGUGUUGGGGACUGUGCAAACUAACUUUUUUUUUUUUUUUUCUUUCUAAUUCUUUAUUUGCCAGAUGGCUUCAGAAAGAGACAGCUCUGGAAGUGAACAACAAAAGCCAGACCAGAAAGAAGAAAAACAGUAGUGACUAAUAUUUUAGUAAAAUAUUACAAGAAUAGCUUGGGAGCAAAUCUCUAUUCAUAUGCCCUGAGCAUAAAUAAGCAAAAGUAAAUCUUAUACUGUGUUUUGGCAGUACUCUUUAUAUAAUUUCUUUGUGCUGAUUUAUGUAUGUGAAGUUAGUCAACUUUUUUUAAUACAGUUCUUUCCCUCUUUUCCCAUAAAAUGUUUUUGUUCUACUUAAAGCCCACACCCUUUUUCUCUCUCUCUCCACAUUAUGGUUUUACCCUACAAUUCAUCACAUUGUAAACUGGUUGCUUAAUUAAGAGAAAUGCCUCAUAUUUGAGGUUCUGUGUGAUUUCAAAGUUCAGAAUAAUAUAAAGUUAACACUGGCAAAAAUCCCAUAAAAUGUGGCUUCCUGCUUUA